UACAUGUUCCAAGCAAGACAACUCACAAGUGGCAAACGAAGCGAACACCCAUUGAUCCAUCGGAGAAUCCUCAGCAGACGACGGCGACGAUGACGAAGCACUUGCACUCUGCUCUUGCUCUCGUCCUGCUCUCUCUUCUCUGCACAGGGUUCUUGUGCGGGGUGGUCGAUGGCGCGGAGUCGGCGAAGGGGAAGAAAGGGGGGAAGGCGGCGUCGGGGCCGGUGAUCGGCAUCGACCUGGGCACCACGUACUCGUGCGUCGGGGUGUACCGGAACGGCCACGUGGACAUCAUCGCCAACGACCAGGGCAACCGGAUCACGCCGUCGUGGGUGGCCUUCACCGACGACGAGCGCCUCGUCGGUGAGGCCGCCAAGAACCAGGCGCCGCUCAACCCGCAGCGCACCAUCUUCGACAUCAAGCGCCUCAUCGGCCGGAGGUUCGACGACGAGGAGGUGCAGCGGGACGUCCGGUACCUGCCGUACAAGGUGGUGGACCGGGGCGGCAAGCCGUACGUGGAGGUGCCCAUGAGGGGCGGCGAGCGGAAGGCGUUCAGCCCCGAGGAGAUCAGCGCCAUGAUCCUGUCCAAGAUGCGGGAGACGGCCGAGUCCUUCCUCGGCCGGCGCGUCACCGACGCCGUCGUCACCGUGCCGGCCUACUUCAACGACGCGCAGCGGCAGGCGACCAAGGACGCCGGCACCAUCGCGGGGCUCAACGUGCCGCGGAUUAUCAACGAGCCCACGGCGGCGGCGAUCGCCUACGGGCUGGACAAGAAGGGCGCCGAGAUGAACGUGCUGGUCUACGACCUCGGCGGCGGCACCUUCGACGUCAGCGUGCUCAGCCUCGACCGCGGCGUCUUCGAGGUGCUCGCCACCAGCGGCGACACGCACCUCGGCGGCGAGGACUUCGACCAGCGCGUCAUGGAUCACUUCAUCCGCCUCAUCAGGCGGAAGCACGGCAGGGACAUCAGCAAGGACGGCCGCGCGCUCGGCAAGCUCCGCCGCGAGUGCGAGCGCGCCAAGCGCGCGCUCAGCAGCCAGCACCAGGUGCGCGUCGAGAUUGAGUCCCUCUUCGACGGCGUCGACUUCUCCGAGCCGCUGACGAGGGCCAAGUUCGAGGAGCUCAACAUGGACCUCUUCAAGAAGACGCUGGGACCCGUCAAGAAGGCCAUCGCGGACGCCAAGCUCAAGAAGACCGACAUCGACGAGAUCGUGCUCGUCGGCGGCAGCACCAGGAUCCCCAAGGUGCAGGAGCUCCUCACGGAGUUCUUCGACGGCAAGGAGCCCAACAAGGGGAUCAACCCCGACGAGGCCGUCGCGUACGGCGCCGCCGUCCAGGGCAGCAUCAUCAGCGGCGAGGGCGGCGCCGAGACCAAAGACAUCUUGCUGCUCGACGUGACGCCGCUGACGCUGGGCAUCGAGACGGCCGGCGGCGUGAUGACGAAGCUGAUCCCGCGGAACACGAGGAUCCCGGUGAAGAAGUCGCAGGUGUUCACGACCUACGAGGACCACCAGACGACGGUCUCCAUCAAGGUGUUCGAGGGCGAGCGGAGCCUGACCAAGGACUGCCGCGAGCUGGGGCGGUUCGACCUGACGGGCAUCCCGCCGGCGCCCCGCGGCGUGCCGCAGAUCGAGGUGACCUUCGAGGUGGACGAGAACGGCAUCCUCCACGUGACCGCGGCGGACAAGGCCGGCGGGCGGUCCAAGUCGAUCACGAUCACCAACGACAAGGGCCGGCUCAGCCAGGAGGAGAUCGACCGGAUGGUGCGCGAGGCCGAGGAGUUCGCGGAGGAGGACCGCCGCGUCCGGGAGCGCGUCGACGCGCGGAACCGCCUCGAGAACUACGUGUACCGGAUGCGGUCCACGGUGAAGGACGGCGGCGGCGUGGCGGGGAAUAUCGGCGAGGAGGACAGGGAGAGGAUGGAGGCCGCCCUGGCGGAGGCGCUGGAGUGGCUCGAGGAGCAGGACGGUGGCGGCCGGACGGCCGAGAAGGAGGACUACGAGGAGAAGCUGAGGGAGGUGGAGGAGGUGUGCGGCCCAGUCAUCAAGCAGGUGUACGAGAAGAGCGGAGGCGGCGCGGGCGGGUCGGCCGGCGCCGUGGACGAGAACGAUGUGAACGAGCUGUAGAGUGAUCGGGAUCGGCUGAUCAUCUUCCAGCUGCUCCGUCGAGAGUUUUCUGGGUGUUUGGGGGGAAAUCCUGAUGUAAAUAAAAAGUUCUUGUAAAGUGAUCGAGUACUAGACCUUGCUAUUGCUAGUAAAUCAUCAAUUCACUGUCA